UUGUAGAUCAUGUGAAGCCGACGUUAUUAAAACGCCUCGCCCUUUGCUCACACAUGGGACCACGUGCACCGAACACCCUGUUUGUCUAUUUUUGUUUGUUUUUAACUCAAGCCCAAUCACAAAGGAGCCACUCAUGCAGCUUGUACAAAGUCUGAUUUGACCCGGGGCUUCUCAGAACGUGCUGACAGCGCAGAGUGGGGACACUCGACACAUUUCUCACCUGCGAAACUUCGCACCUUUGUUUGUCGUCUGAUAAAGUUUGUCAGAUUUGGGGCAAAAAUGGCGGGAACUCACUGAAGGUGGCUGUCGUCUGAUUUUCUGUCAGAAGUGGUCUCUAUCGUCUGACAUUCUGAGAGAACGUUUGGCGGUAAAAAUGUGUAAGAAUUGCAACAUUUGUCGAGAGGGCAAAUACUGAAGGUCGUUCUGUGAGAGGAGAGUCGAGGUGACGACAUAUUUUGUCGUCUGCGACGCCAUUUUGCUGACUGAAACUGUCCUACUUUCCACAUCACUGAGCGUCUUUCUUCAUCUGUACGAUUUGGACUACGCAGGAGGCUCUUGUCUUUUGGAAGAUUUUAUUUACAACUUUAAUACGACGAACUGCGCCAGACAAUUUCUGAACUGUGACCUGCAAAGUGACAAAAAAGUUCUGUCGUCUGCGACGCCAUUUUGGCGACUGAAACCGUCCUGACUUACAAACGUUUGGUCUGAUUCAACGCAAUUCCAUCUUCUGAGCACCUACGACCAGACGCAUCCUCGGCUAAGAUUUGUGUUGUAAUUUACCGAAAAUAAGGUCAAGUGGCCUCUCUAUUGUGGUACUUGCUCGUCUGAGGACAUUGUUUCAAACAUGUACACUCCAAAUGGAGGAUCCGCGACGAUCCCAAACGGACGAGCUUCGACCAGCAGCGAGUUCCACCCGCCAGAGCGACGGCAAAUCCGAGUCACCAAAGUCAAGGUCAUCAACUUCCUUCUAGAACUCUGCCAAUGGUCUUCGCUCGCUGUCCCCAUCUUCGUGACUUCUGAGGGGGUUGCCCGGACGGUGGACAGAAUUCAGGCGGGGAACACGACGACUGGCGCCGAGCAGGGCGGUGGCAGCGCCCCGGCGGAUCAGCUGCCGUAUUACUGGUUACUAGUGGCCGCCUCCAUCGCUUACGUGGCUACCGUCACCUUACUCAUCUACCUGCCUGUCAAGUACUGCUUCAUGUGGAAAAACAGAUUUCUGCUGGAAAAUGCCAAAUGGCUUCCCGCCAUGUUGAUGCACCUGUUGCUGAGCGUCCUACCGUGCAUGUCUCUCAUGCUGUUCGGGAUUAAGUUGCAGGACGACAAUAACGAGGUCGCGGCCAUGUUCGACACGUACACCGACUUUCCCGUGGCGCUGGUCGUCCUGGGCGUGCUCGCCGCCAGCUGGGUCGAGAAGGUCCGAAGAUUCCCGAUCGCGACUUCGGCGGCGGCGGAAAUGACCGAAGGGCCAAGCAGUCCUAGGUCUAUGGUAAACCCGGUUUACACAAUCGACGGCGCCGACGGCACCCAAUCAACGGACGAGCAGACACCACGUGACCCGAGCCCCAGUACUCCUCAUACGCCUGUAUCCAUCCGCCGAAGUUUCCCGAUGUCCUUCUCGUCCCGAACAUCGCCGAGGCCGAAGCCGAAGCUGACGUCAAACGACGACCGCGCCCGAAUCCUCUCAAUCGAGUUCUUCGCGGUCUACGACGUCAUCGAGCUGCUAUUGGUCACGAACUUUCACGACGUUUGCCGAACGUACUGGAUCUUCCCGAUCUACGUAGUCGCUUUUAUAAGUAUGUUCAAGUCAAUACUUCGUCUUGAUCACAGGUUUCUGCCUCUCGUCUCCAUGGCGACGCACGAAAUACCAUUUCUAAUCCUCCGCAUAGCGUUACUGGCAAAAUUUGGAAUAGCGAUCAUGAGUUUGGUCUACCCGCUGAAAAAUCUGGCGGCCAUCGCGUUCUACGUUUACUAUAACUUCGUCGUCGUGAUAAUCAAGUCACGAGCGUUCAACAAGAACAGAUACUCCUUUCCGAACAGGGAUGAUGCGGUCAGUACCACUAGCUUCUCCACAAUCUCAUCGCGACCUGGGUCCACUCUCUACUGAGUUAGAGAGCGAUAAUAACAAAGGACUAUUGUAAUAGUAUCUCACACACCUUCAAAACUACUGUACAUUCUAGAUACGUCCUACGAAUACGAUAAUUACUUUAGUCUAGCGCAUUUGCCAAACAGAAAGAAUAGAAAGAAAGAAAGAGAUCAUCUUGAAUCACUGAAGAUCAAGUAUUUCACGGAAAAGACAGACGCAAUCCGAUUCGUACGGUAUUUACAAGUUCAUUGUACAGGGAAAAGUCUCAUACUAAUAAGCUAUUUUCGACAAGCACAAUGAACAGUGGACCAGGGCUAAGGACUGCAACCCUUUCCAGUAGCGUGCAGGUCGGGUGAGCGGCACAGCCGGGAUUCGAACUCGCGGAAUUUAGUUCCAGAGUUAGCUAGAGGCAGGGUCGCUAAUUACAUCUUUGGGCGGCCUAAAAAGAUGAAGUCUGAAAAACAAGUACGUCUGUAAAUACUUGUGACUGGAAAUGUAAAUAGCUAAUGACGUCCAAAGUGUUGAUCGAACACAUACCUGUACAUUUCGCGAUAAACAUUGUAUUGCUUGUGAAAACACUCUCCCUGUAAACACUGUAAGAGUUUAUUCUUAUGAUCAAAGUAAACGAUGCAUAGAUAUUGGUAAAUUCUACAGACCUUUUCCUGACUACCAAAGGCCUAAGAAAAGUAAGGUUUGGAACAUUAUGCUUUGUGUUUUUCUGUAAAUAUAUAAUAUGUCUCACUUACAAAAUAUCUAAGACUACGAUAUCACAAGAGCCCUUACAAUUGACUGUCAACAUUUGUUUCUUUUCUUCUUUCUUGACUUCUCUUUUUUGUCCACAAACUUCUCCUGUACGUGUUUCACAACAUGUACCUUUAUUGAUCGUUUCAGGCAGCAGACUUUGAUUAAAACACACAAAUCAAUACGCUAGUCCAUGUGUGCUUGAUAUAUUGAUCUUGGCUAUUUUUCACUGACUGUACGUAUAAAAUUCUGUUCCUUUA